UGAUACCGAGUCGAGCGAAGUCGCACAAAAAGCCUCCCGAAUCUGGAUGCAAGUGCUCGAAAACCCUGCUGAUGGAGAGAAGUUCCCUCACCAAAUGAUGGACCUGAUCGUCGAAUUAUCGACGAGGUUGAAUGACGCCGUGUCACCUUUUCAUCGUCCUCAAUUCAUUGACACUAAUGCCGACUUCGCGAAAAACGUUAUUCAAGAAGCAAUCGACCGCGAAAGCGCUGCAGAUGUCGACCACACCCGUUCUGUCGACGCGUACAUGAUCAUUCGCCGACAUACUAUUGGCGUGAAGCCGUGUCUGGUGCUGAUGCGCUCAACCAGACAUUUGUACAUUCCCGAUCAUGUAUUGAAACACCCUAUACUCGAGGAGAUAGAAGAUGCUAUCUUGGAUACAAUCUACAUCGCUAAUGAUAUAUAUUCUUAUAAGAAAGAAGUCGGAGACAAUGGGGCUCUGAAUAAUAUAAUCACCGUCAUCGUGAAAGAUCCAGAGACGAAACACCUGGAUGCGCAAGGAAGCAUCGAUCAUGCUGGUAAGAUAUUCCAGAGUGCUGUGGCCCGUUUCCACAAGUACAGGAGCAUGCUUCCGUCCUUUGGCGAGGAGAUGGAUCGGCAAGUGCAGGACUACGUCGACGGAUUGAUCGACUGGUCGGUUGGUAAUAUCGAAUGGAGUAUGGUAAAUCACCGCUACAACACCUUUGACGACGAGCAAAGUAGACGAAGUGGCGUAAUGAGAAUGGUUGUAUGAUUCAGGCGUGGAAGAACUUUCACCAACUUGUAUUAGUAUUGACUCCUGUGGCGUUUUAUGUACUAUAACAUGAUGUAUCACUAUAAUACCGUACGAAAUGCC